AGCACCAUUGUGAAGCAGAUGAAGAUUAUUCACGAGGAUGGCUACUCAGAGGAGGAAUGCAAACAGUAUAAAGUGGUUGUCUACAGCAAUACCAUCCAGUCCAUCAUUGCCAUCAUAAGAGCCAUGGGGAGGCUAAAGAUAGACUUUGGGGAAGUUGCCAGAGCAGAUGAUGCCCGGCAGCUCUUCGUGCUGGCUGGCAGUGCAGAGGAGGGGGUGAUGACUGCUGAGCUGGCCGGCGUGAUCAAGAGGUUGUGGAGGGACACUGGGGUCCAGGCCUGCUUCAGCAGGUCCAGAGAGUAUCAGCUCAACGACUCUGCUUCAUAUUACCUAAAUGACUUGGAUAGAAUAUCCCAGCCAACCUACAUUCCCACUCAGCAGGACGUCCUGCGGACCCGGGUGAAAACGACGGGCAUUGUGGAAACUCACUUCACCUUCAAGGACCUGUACUUCAAGAUGUUUGAUGUGGGCGGCCAGCGGUCGGAGAGGAAGAAGUGGAUCCACUGCUUCGAGGGGGUGACAGCCAUCAUCUUCUGUGUGGCCCUCAGUGAUUAUGACCUGGUCUUGGCUGAGGACGAGGAGAUGAACCGGAUGCAUGAGAGCAUGAAACUGUUUGACAGCAUCUGUAACAACAAGUGGUUCACAGACACCUCCAUCAUUCUCUUCUUGAACAAGAAAGACCUGUUUGAGGAGAAGAUUAAGAAAAGCCCUCUAACCAUCUGCUACCCAGAGUACACAGGUAAGGAGGAGGAUGUGAGGAGGGAAUUCUUUGGUGUGAGGGUGUUUGAGGACCUCAACAGGAGGAAAGACACCAAGGAGAUCUACACCCACUUCACCUGCGCCACCGACACCAAGAACGUGCAGUUUGUCUUUGAUGCUGUCACAGAUGUCAUCAUUAAAAACAACCUGAAGGAAUGUGGGCUCUACUGA